GGGCCUGUCAAAUAUGCGUCACCACAGAGUGCAUUCUUACAGCCGCCCGCAUAAUUAACAACAUGAACAUGUCGGCUGACCCCGGCGAAGACUUCAACGAGUUCGCCUGUGGUCGCUACAUCAAAGAAUCGGAAUUCCCAGACGGACAAUCAUUUAUGGCCAGCUACACUGCAGUCUACUACCAGAACAUUAUCUUUCUCAGGAGUAAGUUCCCUUUUUAUCAGUCUUGUGUAGACGAAGCCCAAAUAGAAGCUGUGGGCCUAGAACCGUAUUUCAACGACACAGAAUUCACUGAUGACUGGCCCACACUCAACCCGGACUGGAAUGAGGCUAACUUUGACCUGAACGAGGUCAUCGCCCGCUACAUGGCAGUGGGUGUAGAGCCGAUAUUUUCUAUCACAGUUAGCUACGAUAUGGAGGACAGUACGAUUAACGUUUUAAAAGUAAGAUUUGCUUGCUUGUUUGCUAGAGGUUCUGACAGUGGCAGAAGAGUGGUUGUCAAAAGUAGUAUGUAUGCUUUAUCAUUCAGUCACUUUUAUUCCCAAUUCGGUUCUGGGAACCUGUUUUGA